AUGGCCGUCGGUCUAGUCAUCACGAUUCUCCUUCUUUCUCAUCAAAUUUCUUCCUCGAUCCAACAAAGCGAUCAAUUGGAUCAAUUCACAUCUCCGAAAGAUCGAGAUGAGAAUCUGCCUCGUGAUCGUCGUACUUUGAAGAAUCAAACCGAAUCAAAACUCGUCGAGGCUCGAGCAAAAAUCUGCGGACUCGAGACGGAAAUCCAAUGUGAACAAAAGGAAAGAAGUGAUGAAUUCAUAAAGAUCAACUCGAAAAUCUCGCAAAGUGAUGAUCGAUCGACGAAGAUUGAUGCUGAUUUGAAAGAGAUAGAUUCCAAAGUCGACGAAAUGUCAAGGAACAUCUCCACGAUAGUAGGCCAAAUUCAAACGGAUCUAAUGGAGAAAAUCGCGAAGUUGGAGGCUGCUUUGGUUGACGGAAGGGAGAGAAAUCGAGAAUUGGAAAGGAAAAUCGCCGAGACGAAAAUGAAGAACGACGAUCUCGAAGCACAAUUAAGAACUCAAAAUACGGAAGUGAGGGAAGGAAAGGCCAAGAUUGGAGAGCUUGACGGGAAAAUCAACGCGUUGCAGAACAAGAACUCUGGCCUCGAAACCCAAAUACAAUUUGAAAGGGAAAACAAGACGGCCGAAAUUGUGAAGUUGAGGGCGGAUUUAAAUCGAACGAUGUCUUUCUUGGAUCUGGAUGGAUGGUCGUAUUUGGCAAAAACCGCUUCUUGGUACAAGGUGAUGGGUCAAGACAUGACAUUUGAUCAAGCCGAGGCAUAUUGUGCGAGUCAAAAGAUUCAUUUAGUCUCAAUUCACAGUCAGGAAGAGAACGAUUUUGUUUGGGAACUCGCGAAAACUCUUGCGGAACGGGGGUUCUGGAUCGGAAUGAAGAGAAAUCCGAACAAAGGAAAUGCUUUGGAAUGGACGGAUGGAAGUUCGGUGGACUUCACGAAUUGGUAUCCGAGAUACCCGGAUUCGAACACCCACGCUUAUCUUCAGAGCUACCAUGGGAAAUGGGCGGUCUGGUCUCCUGCCAAUCAGCGUCCUUUUAUCUGCAAAAGGAGUUCUCAAUUC